AAAAAACUCUGAAAAUAGGGGUGCAACGCAAGCAUGGCCCACAAUACACGGAUGGUCCACUAACGGAUCCGUCGAAGGACUCCUGGAACAAGCAAGUGUUCGGUUACUUUCCAUAAACAGAUGAAAGAAGCCGAAGGAGACCUCCACAUUCCACUCACAAAUGCAAUAUGUACCGACUGGAGCCUGAACAUUGUUCCUGCUCUUGAAGCUGUGGCUGACAACAACAAUCAUCGACACUCAGCCCCUACCAGUGGAAGCACUUCGAGAAGAGACGUGGAUAAUCGACUCAAAGAAGAGGCUCGUCAAAGUUCAGACUGACCACAUUGCUAUAACGCGUUGGAUGAGGGACGCCAUGCUGAUGGACGAUGCCAUGGAAAGCGUUAUAAAAGUGUGCCGAGAAUGUGCUUGGCGGGACGACUGUGGUCCAAGCUUUACUGGAGACCUUGUAACCACUGCGGGUCUAGAGCCGGGCCGUCUAUCUAGUCCACAGCUAGCUUUAGGACCCGAGCCACUCACUGCGAUUUAGGCUCAGGCUUUCAAACACAUUGCAAUCGUAGUUCAUGAGCUAAUUCGUCCACCGAAUCGAAUUAGACCGAGGUUGCUUCCAUCUUACGCACGCUGAGGUUCUGUCUGUCUGUCCGUCGUGGUAAAACGCGUUCUGAGCACCGUGCGGAACCGGAACUUCGGCUGUAGAAUAAUAAAAAUUCGCUCAGCUUAUUCGUGGGGUAGCGACCCUCUUGCGCGUCCAAGACAUUCGUGAUGGAUGGAUCGGAUCCCUCAUGCCAGUCGCAGGAAUGUGCCAGGUAUGAUUUGAAACGUUCUCGCCUGGUGGAUGUAAGUACCUUGAUCAGGUAUUCCGGCGAGGGCACUCUAUAAGAUGAUGUUGCUACAUGUCCCUUUGGCCCAGGCAGGUCAGUGUAACAGGAUCGAUCUGGAGGCUGUAGCAAUCCUCUCCUCGUUUUCUAAACUGACGGAAAAGCCAGGUUGUCUGUUCGUCUGAAAGAAAUGAAGGCGGAAACUGGAGCAAGCGAGAUCUGAAGAGAUCAUUCAUGAGGCGUUCCUUUAGGACAUGGUCAUUCCAGUCAUUCCUCUCGAGUUUAGGUGAGCCUCAGAUGGAAGCGCUGGUCGGUACCUUGUCUGCUAAGUGAUGGACUAUACAGGAAAUAUAACUCUAGUGCACGAAAUGAAAUCGUUGUACAUACACACAUACGUGCAAGUUAAAACAUUUGA